AUGAGCCGUCGUCUCUUCCCUCUCCUCAACCCUCUCUCUCUCUCUCUGUUUCUCUCUCUUUCUAUGCGGGAUAUGGCGCCGGCUUUCUUUCAUGAGGCGGAGAAGACGGUCUGCGUGAUGGACGCCGGCGGAAGGGUCGGGGCGGCGCUGGUGAAGAAGCUCCUCCGGCGAGGUUACACCGUACAUGCCGCCACCCAAGGUCCCCUCGCUCUCUCUCUCUCUUCUCUUCUCUUUCUCUCUCUAUUUGCAGACGGUGGAGUUGAGUGAUCAAGCUGAUAAUGGUUCUGGUGGUGUGGGCAGGCGAUCGGUGGGGAGUGGCGAAGCUCGCCGGCGGCGGUGAGAGCGAGCGGCUGAAGGUCUUCAGGGCGGACCCGUUCGACUACCAGAGCCUCCUGGACGCCGUCAGGGGAUGCUCCGGCCUAUUCUACUCCUUCGAGCCCCCCCCGGAACAACCCAGCUACGACGUAAGCUUCUCAAACGAGAUGAAAUCAGUGGCGGAAGAGCGGAGAUACGGGAGGUUGCUUCAUGGUUCCCUCUCUUGUUGCAGGAGUACAUGGCGGAGGUGGAGGUGAUGGCGGCCCAGAACGUGCUCGAGGCCUGCGCGCAGACGGAGAUGGUGGAGCGCGUUGUGUACACCUCGUCGGUUACCGCCGUCGUCUGGCGCGAAAGCCGCCGCCUCGUCCCCGGCCUUGACGAGCGCGACUGGAGCGAUCCCCACUUCUGCCGCAAAUUCCGGGUACCCCCAUUAAUCCCCUCCCCCUUCCUCCUCUUCCUCCUCCUAUCUUCUGCAAGAUCGCCGGUUGUGGGCAGCGGAAUUGAAUGGCCGGCUGAUCUCCAUUAAUUCCACCUCCUCCAUCCAUCCUUCUUCAAUGGUUGAUGGCCUUGCUUGUACUGCAACAGCUGUGGCACGCGCUGGCGAAGACGCUAGCGGAGAAGGCAGCCUGGGCGCUGGCAAUGGACAGGGGGGUCGGCAUGGUCGCCAUUAACGGGGGCCUGCUGGCCGGGCCGGGGCUCUCUGUAGCCACCAGCCCUUACCUGAGAGGCGCCGCCGAGAUGUACGAAGACGGGCUACUGGUCACCGUUGAGGACGACUUUCUCGCCGACGCCCAUAUCUGCGCCUUCGAGGACCCCACCGCCUACGGCCGCUACCUCUGCUUCAACCGCGUCGUGUGCCGCCCCGAGGACGCCGCUGAGCUCGCCAAGAUGAUGGCCGUCCCCUGCCCGCCGCCCUCCAGCAGGUAA